AUGCUGACCACCUCCUUCGUCUUCGCUGCUCUUGCUUCUGCUGCCCUCGCAACGCCCCACCUCCACGCCAAGAAGGAUGCAUUCCACAGCGGUUGCUAUGCAUACGAGACAGAGAAGGGCGCACACUUCAGCAUCUCUAGCGGUGCGGUCAAAUACUUCAAUGACAAGCAUAGCAGCAAGGACAUCCUUGGCCCCAAGACAGUCAAUGACUCUCCGGGAAUUUGCGGCCAUUACUACGACUCGACAGAGAUCAUCGGAGCUUGCCUCUGGUCGGGCACUGGCAACGGAGCUGACCCUGCGGCGUCCGGCUGGCUGUCUGGCUCUGUCUCUGAGAACUGCGGCAAGAAGGUAAGCAUCAAGAACGCUGCCAACGGCGCCGAAGUCGUAGCAACGGUCGUCGAUGGCUGCGGGCUGUAUGCCAAAGACUUCAAGUCGGGCUGCCCUCAGGUAUGGACCACGAUCGCUGCCUUCAACAAGCUGGCGACAAAGGAGGAAGCUGAAAAGUCAGAGAUCGCCAAGCUCGAAUGGAAGUGGCUCGAUCAGCCCAUCUGA